ACGGUUGAUAUCACAUUUAUUGGAUCCGACGGUUUUCCUUGCCUUCUUCCUUUAUAAACUCGGAUCUUCCUCCGCCUUCGUAUCUCCUCAACAGCGCCGCCGCAGAUCUCAAGCACUAAACCGACGACCGGAGCUCAUCCUCGGCGGAAUGGGGGCUUACAAGUACGUGUCGGAGCUUUGGAGGAAGAAGCAGUCGGAUGUGAUGCGAUUCCUGCAGCGAGUGAGGUGCUGGGAGUAUCGCCAGCUGCCAUCGAUUGUUCGGGUCACCAGGCCGACGCGCCCCGACAAAGCUCGUCGCCUCGGUUACAAAGCCAAGCAGGGAUAUGUCAUUUACCGGGUUCGUGUCAGACGUGGUGGGAGAAAGAGGCCAGUGCCAAAGGGUAUUGUGUAUGGAAAGCCAAAGAAUCAGGGUAUCACCCAGCUGAAAUUCCAAAGAAACAAGAGGUCUGUUGCUGAGGAGAGAGCUGGAAGGAAGCUGGGAGGACUGAGGGUGCUCAACUCUUACUGGGUCAAUGAGGAUUCCACUUACAAGUAUUUUGAAGUCAUUCUGGUUGAUGCUGCACACACCGUGAUCCGAAAUGAUCCCAGGAUCAACUGGAUCUGCAAAGGUGUGCAUAAACACAGGGAGCUUCGUGGACUCACCUCUGCUGGCAAGAAGUAUCGUGGCCUCCGCGGCAAAGGCCAUCGCCAUCACAAAGCACGGCCCUCUCGCAGAGCAACCUGGAAGAGAAACCAGACAUUGUCUCUCCGCCGCUAUCGUUAGGUUCUUUGGUCGGCUGCUGGUUGCAACCAUUGAAGUGGAGCAGUUGCUGGUUCUAUUUUGGUCCAAAUUGAGAAUUGUUGUUUGAAAGUGUUAAGACUUUGCAACUUUGUUUCUGUACCUGUGACUUAUUCAUGAACUGGAGAUGCGAUUAUUUCUUUUUCUAAUUAAAUUUCUGUUUUUGUUGAAA